GAAACCCUACCCCCUCCCGCACUCCCGGUUCGCCCAGAACCAGCACCUUCGCGACCGAACCGUCGCGAUAAUAGUCGCGAUUAGAGCUAGCCGGAAAGCCAACGACGGAAUCGAGGCGUAAAGAGACCACCUUUCUCCUCCAUCAUUUCCGCUCCUACCCGAAACCAUUGAGGAAGGUGAACCUGUUCGCGCCUUUCUUUCUCUUCGCCGAACAUCAGGAUUUAGUAAUCAAAUCCGCGUCUUUAUUUUGUACAAACUUACCGUCUGGCAAGAGUUGGUCUAAAUCCGUGGCCAGACAGCCCCUUCUGUUACUAGUCAUCGAGGCUUUACUCGGCUGAACAAAUUUGCAGAGGCAAUGGGGAAAAGAAGAAGGCGGUGCAAGAGGAUGAAAGUAGGGGAUCCAUCUUCUCCUACUCUCUACCCUUCUCUCGACCUGAAGACGUUUCCGUUAAUGCUUGCCGCCGCUUCUACAGCCGAUGCCCAAAAUCCCAUCUUUCGGUCCCUCCUCAAACGCCUCCUUUCUGCUCAUUACUCCCUCCUCACCCCUCCCACUUGCUCUCUACUACCACUCUCUAUUCUCCUCCCUCCUUGUCUCCUCGCUCUCCUUCCCCUCCUCCUCGCUUCUAGCUGCCCGUCUUUAGCUGUUCUGAGUGCUCAGCUGGUUGGCGCAGCUUCACUUUGCUCUCUUGAGGCAAACUCGAUGAUAGUUUUGGAUAAAGAGAUUGUUAAUGAGCUUCUAAGGGCAGUAGUGAGCAGAAGCCGGAGCGUGGCAGUGGCAGCCUGUAAUGCUGUGCUGGAUCUCUCUGUAUCAUCUAAUGGAAGGGAGACACUUAGAAGAGAAUUUCUUGUGAUUGAGAAGCUUUUAUCUUUGUUGAAUCAGGUGAAUGACUCUCCAAAAGACCUCCUUUCCCUUGUUCAUGAUGAAAAAUGUGAUACUCCUGUAGCAUUGGUCCUUGAUGCUGCGUUAAUUUUGAUAAAUACAUCCGAUGAGGACCGCUUACAAAGUGUUCCACAUGAACUUAUUGAAAAUUUUCUCCCUUUGCUGAAGGUAUUGUGGGAAAAUUCAUAUAACUCCAAUCUAACAAGUAAUUUACAUAGGGAGCAUGACUGUGUUCAUCGUAAAAAGUAUGAUCUAGCUGCUGCUUUAUUUAGGUUGUCUAUGGAUCAUGUUCCUCUUGAAAAUUGGAAAGCUGAGGAACUUAUCAGGGGUAUUUUUGGUGUUGAAAAAUUUACUUUUGAAAACUUCAUACUCGACCACUGGGAGGUCUCACCACUUGUUUUCAAGGGAACAUGGAAUAGUUUGGAGGGCUCUCAAAUCAUUUAUGGGCAAGAUAUUCGCGUCCUAAAAACGCUGACGGAAUCCAUGCAUGAAAUUGGUGACGAAGAAGUCCACUUUUUCAAGGAUAGCAUGGAAUUUGACUUGAAAGAUGAAUUCAUUAUUCAAAAAUUUAAAGAAGCAUUACAAGAUGGUUUUACCAUUGCUUUGCGUGGAAUGGAGUUCAGGAAUAGUUUCGUUGCUGCGAUUACUGAAAUGCUAUCGAAUUUAUUAGGUCAGCCGUCGGCUGGGGCGAACAUAUACCUGACACCUCCUAAAUCUCAAGGUUUGGCAAGACAUUUUGAUGAUCACUGUGUGUUUGUUUGGCAAAUAUUUGGAAAAAAGCAAUGGAGAAUUUUGCCGCGAUCUGAGAACUUUAUCCCGAGGCUUUACGAACCUCUUGGUUCCUUGCAGAGUUCAAGUCGAGAUGAAGGUGGAUAUAUGGAUGUUCUAAUUAAGGAAGGAGAUGUUCUGUAUAUUCCAAGAGGAUUUCGUCAUGAGGCUCAUACAAUUUUCAAUGUGGAUGAGUCUAAGGACUCAGAUGGUCAAUUUUCCUUGCAUUUGACACUUGGAGUUGAAAUUGAGCCUCCAUUUGAGUGGGAAGGUUUUACUCAUAUAGCUAUUCAUUGCUGGAGCCAGAAGAAGCAGAAACAUAAUUCUAUUCAUCCCAUCGACUCUGAACUGCUCAAACUAAGACGUGUGCUUGUAAAUAUGUUACAUGUUGCAGUAAGGCUGACUGCUGAUAAAAAUACGGUACUAAAAAAGGCUUCUUUGAUCACCUCCCCUCCUUUCUCCUCCAAUAUCAGAUCGAAACAGAAAGCUACUUUCCAUCAUAUUAUCAAUACCAUUAACGUAAGCUCCAUCUUUUGGGAGACAUUCAAUCUUAUUGUCACUGCUGUUCGAGAGAACAAUGAAGACUACCUGCAGUGGAUGAGAUGGCUCAGACAUCUGUGUCCCCAAAAUCUUGAUUUUAAGAAUUCAAUUUUUGAUAAACCAUUGGAGCUAUUCAAGGAAUUUGUGUUGCUGAAUUGUAGGCCUUUGGAGGAGGUGAUGGAUGAGUUCUCCCAGGUUAAAUCUGACUUCUGCACAUUUGUUGUUUUUGAAGAUGCGUGUGAUGAGCUGAGUGUGUUGCUUCAGAAAUACAGGAAAACUAGACAACAGUAUAUGAAGGGGAUGCUUUCCCUAUAA